AUGGUCAAGAACAGCAACAGAGCGCGUAAAAGUAGCAAUGUGAGCACACUGGUGCGUGCUGAAGAUGCUGCUGAAGAAGAAAUUCUUGAAACACCAGCAUUAAGUUCCUUUAGCUCCGUGGUAAACGACCGUAAGACGGAGGAGAGUGAGGACGAAGAUGAUGAGGCUAAAAUUGAGCGCCGUCUGGUAGCCGAGGCACAGGCUGAAGCUGACAGCUCAAACCAUGAGAGCAAUAAGAUUUACAACAACGAGGCUCUUUUAGCGUUGGUUAAGGACUGGGAUGCUAAACCACUGCCGUGGGUGGAGACACUAGAAACUUGUGCUGUCCCACUAGAGCUCGAGAGCGUUCACGACGAUUUAAAGCGUGAAGUAGCUUUUUAUAACAACACGGUGUCUAGUGUACGGUUGGCCAAGGAACGGCUUUUGAAGGAAGGGGUGGCGUAUAAGCGGCCUGACGACUACUUUGCUGAGAUGCUUAAGAGCGACACGCACAUGGCAAAGAUUAAAGAUAAAUUAAUUUACGAGCAGAAGAAAAUUACAGCUGUAGAAGAGCGGAAGAAGUCACAGGCACAUCGGAAGGUAGCGAAGGAGAUUCAAGCUGAGAAGAUUAAGGAGCGAAAUAAACAGAAGAAGGAUACACUUGAAGCUGUGAAACAAUGGAAGAAACGCAAAGGAAACGACGAGCGGGGUGGAAAUAAAGACGAUCCAGACACUGAGUUGGAUAUGAUUGUCAGUGGCAAGCGAAAGCAUCCCAGUGGUGACCGUAAUAAUGGCAGCAAGAAGCCACGCGUAAAUAGAGCACGUGAGGCCAAAAAUGCAAAGUUUGGCUUUGGUGGCAAGAAGCGUCAUGCCAAGAGUAACACGAAAGAAAGUACCAACAAUUUGUCAGCGUUUCCAGGUGCUCGUAAAGCAAAGAUGAAAAGUCAAGCAACGGCCAAGGGCGGACAGCGCCCAGGCAAAGCUCAGCGUGCUAACAAACGCAACAAGAGUCGGCGGUGA